GAACAGUUGAAGAGAAAAUUUAUUUCACAAAACAUACAGAUAAACUGAAUUGAAAUAUCGUGGAAUAAAAUGAAACUUAUCUGGAUUUCUUUUGUAUUAUUCGUCACUGGUAGCUGGGCUGAAAGUGUAUCACCAUUUCUAACUAAUCCAGAUUUUAUCUUUGGUGGCGCAAGAGAUUAUCAAUUACGAGUAGAUGCACUUCAAAGUGAAAUAAAUGAAGUGACGGCAGAAGUUCAAACAACGAUAUCAAGUGUGUUGGAAAAGAGUACGACAGAGACUUUGGGCCAAUAUCAAGAAGUUGGUCAGCAAAUAGAUGUAAUGUACGAGUCGUCACUUGAACGAUAUGGAACUCUCACGCCAGGUUUAUGUAAAAGUAAUGCUGAAGCCAUUUUGAACUCGACAACUACGUUUGCGGGUUUUGAAAUUAGUAACUGUGCUUCUUAUUAUGAUAGAAGUGUUCAAAUUGAUUUGGAUAUCGCAAGAAGAGCAUUAAAUGGCGCUGAUGAAUUUUAUACCCAAAUUCAGAUGAUUAUCGUUAAAUCUUUCAUUGGAAAGAAUAUUUUCACAGAUCCAGAAGAUAUUAAGGAUCUGUUCAUAGCGAUGUUUGAAAGAGUUGCCACCAACUGGGAAAGUUCUAAACCUGAAUUUGAGGGCAUUCGGGAUAGUCUUGAAACAGGAAUUGCAACACAAAACAGAAAUCUUGAUGUUUGUCAUGAGAGAGUUAUUACUUUAACAAGCACUUUCUAUGAACUCUUCCGAUCACAAGUUGAAACAUGCAUUGAGUUUGAAAGAACUCCUGAACCAUUUGGAAAAUCAAAAAGCACGAAACCAGACAUCGAGAAGUAUCUUAAACUCUUUGAAGAAAAACUUGCUAACGUAAAACCUUUUGAAUGGCCAGAACGUUCCUAAAUAUAAUUAAUUAAUUUCACAAAUCAUUUAAAAUGAUUUUUUUGUUUUAUGUUAUGACGUUGUUAAUCAACACAAAGUUGACAAACAAAUAAUAAAAAUUAUAAAAAUAAAAAAAUUAAUCUCUC